CUUAUAUUAAGAGCCCAAAGCUUACAUGACACGCUCCACAUCGGAUUCAGUCUGAUUAAAAGCUAACAACCCUGAAGAUCGGACGGUCGCAAACCGAUAAUAGAAGAUGUACACCGUACUCCUUGCUGCAACUGAUCAUCUCCAAACUAAAACGAGCGCGCAAAUUUUAAAUUAAAUUAUAAAUUAUCCAAAUUACCUCCACCCACAAAAUUAAUUAAAUUGAAAUUAAAUCGUCAUGUUCGAGAAGAAAGGACGAACACUGUUGGCGAAGAGGAAGAAAUCCCUAGGCGCGAUCGAUACGAGGAGAACGAAGAAGAGUCGUGAGAUGGAGGGACACUCUCUCCUUCGAUUCGGUCAAUUGACGAAGCUUUCGUUCGAUAAUCGUCCCCCGUCGAACGCCGCGGAGUCCUCGUCGGAGCUCCGGAAUGAGCUGGGUUCCGUUGAUGGAGACGGCGAUUGCGGAGAGAAGGGAUUCAUUCUCAGCCAAGACUUCUUCUGCACACCUGACUAUAUAACACCGGACAAUCAGAACUUGAUGAGCGCUUUAGACAGCAGCAAGGAUCAAUCUCCUUGUCCUAGGUCCCCUGUUAAACUUAAUACAGUUAAAAGCAAAAGAUGCCGCCAAGACAGUUUCGCAUCAAAAACUUCAAAUUAUACUUGGUCUUCAAAACAUAGAGUAGAUGAACAAGAGCAUGGUGAUAUUGAUACAGAUGAGGUCAUGGUGGAUAAGAUCCAAGCCAAUCAAACGGAGAGGACUGGAUACGUUACACAGACUGCAGUUGCUCUUCGGUCUCGGGUUAUGCCACCUCCUUGCCUCAAGAAUCCAUAUGUGAUGAAUGACUCCGAGACAGCUACUGACCCUUUCGGAUAUCAGAGGUCUAAAUGUGCUAGUUUUCUCCCUGCAGGCAUAGGUGGGAGUGGCUUGUCAAGAUAUCUCACAGACUUUCAUGAAAUUCAGCAAAUAGGCGCUGGGAAUUUCAGCCGUGUAUUUAAAGUUUUGAAGAGAAUUGAUGGUUGCUUGUAUGCUGUUAAAUACAGCACAAGGAAGUUGAUUUUAGAUUCAGAGAGGCGUAAAGCUAUGAUGGAAGUUCAAGCUCUUGCUGCUCUAGGAUUCCAUGAAAACGUUGUAGGAUACUACAACUCGUGGUUUGAAAACGAGCAGUUAUACAUUCAACUGGAACUAUGCGACCACAGCUUGUCCAAGAAAUCUUCGCUUAAGAUCUCAGAGAGAGAGAUUUUGGUGAUUAUGCAUCAGAUAGCUAAGGCGUUACAUUUUGUGCAUGAGAAAGGAAUAGCUCAUUUAGAUGUAAAGCCCGACAACAUAUACAUCAAGAACGGUGUCUGCAAGCUCGGCGACUUCGGUUGUGCAACGCGGUUGGACAAAAGCUUGCCAGUAGAGGAAGGGGAUGCACGUUACAUGCCUCAAGAAAUACUAAACGAAAACUACGAGCAACUUGAUAAAGUGGAUAUCUUCUCUUUAGGUGUCACGGUCUACGAGCUGAUUAGAGGAUCACCUCUUACAGAAUCAAGAAACCAAUCCCUCAAUAUCAAAGAAGGCAAACUCCCUCUCCUUCCUGGCCAUUCGUUACAGUUACAGCAACUGUUAAAGACAAUGAUGGAUCGUGAUCCAACGCGUCGUCCUUCUGCUAGAGAAGUAAUGGAGCAUCCCAUGUUCGAUAGGAUUCAAGGUUGAGAUUCAUAAACUAUCUCACAUGUUGAGAAACUUUUUUUAUUUUUGUUUGUAAAUUAUGGUACUAAUGAUCAUAGUGUACUGGUCAUAGCACCUUAAUUCGGCAUUGGCAACCUUGUUUAGGAGAAAAACUGCCAUUAAAAUUCUCAAAUCAAAUCAAAUCAAAACCAAGAAACCUCUAACUCACUUGCACUAUUUUA